CCGAGUAGCUUCAGUGCUUCUCCUCGUUCUUGUUUGGCGCAUCUCUCUCUCUCUUCUGAUUCAAAGCGUACGGACAACGGAGAGGGAUGGUUGCGGUGGCGUUGUUAUCGGAAAUGGGGACGGAGAUCGUGGUGCCGUUGUGCGCCGUAGUCGGGAUCGUGUUCUCGCUCGUCCAGUGGUUCCUCGUCUCACGCGUGAAGCUCACCGACGACAGGGGCGCGUCGUCCGGCGGAGCUAACAACGGCAAGAACGGAUAUGGCGAUUACCUUAUCGAGGAAGAGGAAGGGGUUAACGACCAGAGCGUCGUCGCCAAGUGCGCCGAAAUACAGACCGCUAUCUCUGAAGGUGCGACCUCUUUCCUUUUCACCGAGUACAAAUAUGUCGGUGCCUUCAUGGUUCUGUUUGCGUUUCUUAUCUUCAUAUUCCUUGGCUCUGUGGAGAGCUUCAGCACAAAGAGCCAGCCUUGCACUUAUGACAAAACAAGAACUUGCAAGCCUGCCCUGGCCACCGCAGCCUUCAGCACUGUCUCCUUCUUGCUUGGUGCCGUAACCUCUCUCCUCUCUGGUUUUCUUGGAAUGAAGAUUGCCACAUAUGCGAAUGCUAGGACCACCUUGGAAGCAAGGAAAGGUGUUGGAAAGGCAUUCAUUACUGCAUUCAGGUCUGGUGCUGUGAUGGGUUUCCUUCUCGCAGCAAAUGGUCUGUUGGUACUCUACAUUGCUAUCAAUGUCUUCAAGUUGUACUACGGCAAUGAUUGGGAGGGUCUUUUUGAGGCUAUUACCGGUUAUGGUCUUGGUGGAUCUUCCAUGGCUCUCUUUGGUAGGGUUGGCGGUGGAAUCUACACUAAGGCUGCCGAUGUUGGUGCUGACCUUGUGGGGAAAGUAGAGAGGAAUAUUCCUGAGGAUGACCCGAGAAACCCAGCUGUUAUUGCUGACAAUGUUGGUGACAAUGUUGGAGACAUUGCUGGCAUGGGCUCUGAUCUUUUUGGUUCAUACGCCGAGUCAUCUUGUGCUGCUCUUGUUGUUGCAUCGAUCUCGUCUUUUGGAUUGAACCAUGAUUUUACUGCCAUGUGCUACCCAUUGCUCAUCAGUUCAAUGGGAAUCUUGGUUUGUUUGAUCACAACCCUCUUUGCGACUGACUUCUUUGAGAUCAAGGCUGUCAAGGAGAUUGAACCGGCAUUGAAACGACAGCUCAUCAUCUCAACCGCCAUCAUGACUAUCGGAAUUGCUGUAGUGACAUGGGUUGGGGUGCCGUCAUCCUUUACCAUCUAUAACUUCGGAACACAGAAAGUUGUGAAGAACUGGCAGCUCUUCUUGUGUGUUGGUGUUGGUCUUUGGGCUGGACUCAUCAUUGGUUUUGUCACAGAGUACUUCACUAGCAAUGCAUACAGCCCUGUGCAAGAUGUGGCAGAUUCGUGUAGGACUGGAGCAGCCACCAAUGUGAUCUUUGGACUUGCUCUUGGUUACAAAUCUGUCAUAAUUCCAAUCUUUGCUAUUGCUAUCAGUAUCUUUGUUAGCUUCAGCUUUGCUGCAAUGUAUGGUAUUGCUGUUGCUGCUCUUGGAAUGCUCAGCACCAUUGCCACUGGUCUGGCGAUUGAUGCAUAUGGUCCCAUCAGUGACAAUGCCGGUGGUAUUGCUGAGAUGGCUGGCAUGAGCCACCGCAUCCGUGAAAGAACCGAUGCCCUUGAUGCUGCCGGAAACACCACUGCCGCCAUUGGAAAGGGUUUUGCCAUCGGCUCUGCUGCUCUUGUGUCACUGGCUCUCUUUGGUGCCUUUGUGAGCCGGGCAGCGAUCCAGACCGUUGACGUGUUGACCCCUAAAGUCUUCAUCGGCUUGCUUGUGGGUGCAAUGCUUCCAUACUGGUUCUCUGCCAUGACAAUGAAGAGUGUGGGGAGUGCAGCUCUUAAGAUGGUUGAAGAAGUUCGGAGGCAGUUCAACACCAUCCCGGGACUCAUGGAGGGUACUGCUAAACCUGACUAUGCCACUUGCGUCAAGAUCUCGACCGACGCGUCCAUCAAGGAAAUGCUUCCUCCAGGUGCCCUCGUCAUGCUUACUCCUCUCAUCGUUGGAAUCCUCUUUGGCGUCGAGACCCUUUCCGGUGUCCUGGCUGGCUCCCUAGUCUCCGGAGUUCAGAUCGCCAUAUCUGCAUCCAACACUGGUGGUGCUUGGGACAAUGCCAAGAAGUACAUUGAGGCGGGAGUAUCAGAGCACGCGAGGAGCCUGGGGCCAAAGGGGUCAGAGCCACACAAGGCGGCGGUGAUAGGAGACACCAUUGGAGACCCUCUGAAGGACACGUCUGGGCCGUCGUUGAACAUCCUCAUCAAGCUCAUGGCCGUCGAGUCUCUCGUCUUUGCCCCCUUCUUCGCCACCCACGGCGGUAUCCUCUUCAAGAUCUUCUGAACCCACGGAGACUGGAUGAUGAUGAUGAUGAAGAAGGUUGAUUCUAUCUCACACUACCAUGCCUUUAGGUGAUUGCGUUUUUUUAUGCGGAGCGAACCUCGAGAUGUUUUCCCCUUUUAGAUUGUUAGAAACCAUAAAAAGAAAGGGAAAAAAAAGGACGUCAUGAAUUUUUGAGACUUUUUGCUUGUGUAGCUCCACUACUCUCUCGUCUUUGAAUCUGCGUUUUGUCCUUUUUCUU